AAGUUUGUUAUUCUUGAAUUUCAAUAUUAGUAAAGGGGAUUAAUCUAGUAUUCAUAUGAAUCAAAUUACAACUUUACAACCCAUUCCUCUCUAACCCACUUUGCAUUUGAUCACUCAAACUGUGUCAAUGCUAAAUAGCCCAAAUCAACACGGGCCGUGCACAACCUUAACUCUCCAUUCUUCACAGAGUUCAGUCUUCACACUACACCAAAACAAAUUCACACCACUCCCAACGCACUCUCUCACAUACUCAAAAAAGAGAGAAAAAAAAAAAAGAAAAGUCAGAAAAAUGUCUUGUCUAGUCUUCUCUGAUGUCAGUCAACAACCAAACACAUUUUCACCAACAUAUCUUUUUCAAAUAUUUUUUUGUACGUCGCUUUCUCCUUCGUAUAAAGAGCGCACCACCACCCCGUGCAAAAUUUAUUUCAUUUCCCCCUUUUUUUUAGCUCUCCACUAUACUGUACUUCACUGCUUCUUUCAAAUUUCAAUGGGGCAAAUUUUCCUCACUUUUCCCUCUUUUUAGGGUUAGGGUUCUUCGUCAAUUUUAUUUUUCGGCGAUUUUUUGAGGAAAGUAGUAAAAAUGGAGUCGGAAGAGUAUUACAGGAAGAAGGAGAGAGCUGCUUUGCUUGUUUCUUUGAUAAUGGCGUCGAUUUCUUUGGUUUCUUUGCUCGUUGCUUUUAGUUAUUAUUGCUACAUUCGUAACAAAGUCUCUAAACGCUCCAAUCUUCAGCAAAUGGGGCAUUUCCAUAUGUCUUUCAAUUGUGUAUUUGAAGGACUUGACAAUGAUGACAUAAGUGGGCUAUCAAAUUCGACUCUUGAAGUUGCUUGUGAGAAGGGAUUACAAGUGUUUACAUUCAAGCAGCUCAAUUCCGCGACUAGUGGUUUCAGCAAGUCAAAUGUUAUAGGGCAAGGUGCAUUUGGUUCAGUGUAUCGUGGAGUACUUAAUGAUGGGAGGAAGGUUGCUAUUAAAUUGAUGGACCAUGCUGGAAAGCACGGAGAGGAGGAAUUCAAAAUGGAGGUGGAAUUGCUGAGCCGACUUCGCUCCCCAUAUUUGCUUGGUUUGGUUGGUCACUGUUCGGAUAGUAAUCAUAAGUUGCUGGUUUAUGAGUUCAUGGCAAAUGGUGGAUUGCAAGAGCACCUGUACCCUGCUAGAGGUUCAAAUGCUUUUCCUUCCAAGUUGGAUUGGGAGACACGGUUGAAAAUUGCUUUGGAUGCUGCAAAAGGGUUGGAAUAUCUCCAUGAACAUGUGAGCCCACCUGUGAUUCACAGGGAUUUUAAGAGCAGCAAUAUUCUUCUCGACAAGAACUUCCAUGCCAAGGUUUCUGACUUUGGAUUAGCUAAGCUUGGGCCUGAGAAAGCAGGUGGACAUGUAUCCACACGAGUCCUGGGCACCCAGGGUUAUGUUGCUCCUGAGUAUGCAUUAACAGGACAUUUGACCACAAAAUCAGAUGUAUACAGCUAUGGGGUUGUCCUCCUGGAGCUGCUUACAGGCAGGGUACCAGUUGACUUGAAGAGACCUCAAGGUGAAGGUGUCCUUGUGUCUUGGGCAUUGCCAAAGCUCACUGAUAGAGAGAGAGUUGUACAAAUCAUGGAUCCAGCGCUGGAAGGUCAGUAUUCGAUGAAGGAGGCUAUCCAGGUUGCUGCUAUCGCAGCAAUGUGUGUGCAGCCAGAGGCUGAUUACCGACCACUUAUGGCCGAUGUUGUACAGUCUCUUGUUCCUUUGGUGAAGCUACAAAGAUCAACUUCAAAGGUCGGCGGCUGUUCUAGCUUUCAUGCACCCAAGUCUCCUACAGCUACUAACAAUGUCAUUAAAUGUAGCGACACUCUAUUGACCGAGUCCUAAUUAUUCAAAUGCAAUCGUAGGCAGCUUUGUUCACCAACAAUUAUGGGGUUGAGGAUAUUUGUAUGUAGUAUUAACUGAGAGAUAUCCCAACCAGUGGUACUAAUUAGAAGGCAUGUAUCUAUUAAUCUAAUACACACUUUGACUUGUAAGUUGUAACUCGUUCUUGUAUCUUUGUCAGGAUAAGGAAUUCAAAUCUAGGUCUUAUUAUGA